CAUUUGUAUCUGUUUCCUCCACAGACUGAUGACACACUUCUUGACUCACGUUAUCUCUUGAGUUUAAAAAGGUCAGGUGACGCCUCCUCUGAUCUAGGCCAUUGCAUUUUUUGGUUCAUCCUCUGGACCAACUUUUUUUUAACCCAGCGUAGCGAGUCAUGCCCAGCCCAUUUAAAAACACUGUCCUGUCGCAUUUUCAUCUAAUGUUUUUCCGUCAUUAGUUCUUUUCUUUUUUUCUUUUUUUUUUUAAAAAGGUUUUUUAGUUUAGUCUCAGAAAGUUGAUUUUGUUCAUCUGGACGUAGCUUUGUCAGUGAGACAAAUGCUACAUUUUGCAGCCCACUCACAUUAUCAUCAUGGCCCCGAUUAGGCCACAGCCCACACUUUCGACAUUGCUGCAUUAGGGGAAUUUCUUCAAAUCUACCACAAAUGUGCAGUUAAAUUUCAGGAUAAACAGCCUCAGAGCCACUCUGAGCCCAAAAAACAAGAUUUUGUCCAGGACUGGACAAAUUAACUAUUUAAACUUUCAUCCAAAUGUCCAAAAGGAUAAAAUGUUGAACUGUUUUGUAGACAAAGACAAUGGUUAUGCAAGAACACGUCUGGUCAUCAUUUAGUCCCACAAUUUAAAAACAGAAAGAGCAAUUCGGAGCUUUUUUCAUGCUUUGUCAGAAGCUAAAUUAGUGUAAUUACUUCGUGGAACCUUAAUUUCUUCCUUCGAAGACUUCAUUGCCAGCUGUAUGAUAAACAAGUCUAGGCAUGGAUGUAAAAUGCAGUUUAUCUGGUUGACAGAGACAUUCAAACACAAGGCAGUGUUUUUAUUGUGUUUUGUUUUUUUUAAUCUGUGGUUGAAGUAGGCUGUGCACUCACUGCAGUGCCAUGUUCAUUUCCCCUUGCAGUCGCUUUGCUUCUCUAAACAGCAGAAACCACGUUUGUGCUCGACAGCUGGGCUCUUUUUCUUUAAAGCUCAACAGUAUUUGCUUCCAGUGCCACACAAUGUUUCCAAAUACUUCUCUGCCCACCCACACACUCAAGUCUUCUAAGGAUGACCAGGCGGUGGACAUUGAUGCCAUCAUGGACAAUGUCAGCAUCAUCCUGUACACGCUGACUGUUGUACUCGGCAUCACAGGGAACUCUGUGGUGAUCUGGGUGGCUGGAUUCAAACUUAAGCCAAAGGUCACCAACGUGUGGCUGGUGAAUCUGGCGAUAGCAGACCUGAUCUUCUGCUUCACACGAGUUUUCUCUCUCACUAAGAAGCUCUUCUUUGAGCACUGGCCUUUCGGCCUCUUCGUCUGCAAGUUCAACGGCUUCUUCAAAUAUGCCAACAUGUUCUGCUCUGUCUUCCUGCUGGCUGUGAUCAGUCUGGAUCGAGUGCUCUGCAUCUGGCAGCCUGUCUUCACAAAGCGUCGACGCACGCUGUGGGUAGCGAGGAUGGUGGCAGUCUGCGUCUGGAUUGCAGCCAUCCUCUUCAGCAUCCCCUACUUCAUCCAUCGCCAAGUCUACAUAGGCAAGAAGAACCUGAGUAAGUGCUCUGUGGAUCCGAAGGAGAAGGCAGAGGGAUACAACAGCACUAAAGUUGCUCUCUACUCCAUCCGCUUCCUGUGCGGCUUCAUAUUUCCAUUCAUGGUGAUUCUGGUCUGUUACAUGCUGGCUGGGGUGGGAAUCCGACGCACCCGCCUGUCAGGGAAGUCCCGCCCCCUGCGUAUACUAGCAUGUUUGGUCAUUGCCUUCUUCCUGUGCUGGGCACCUUACCAUUGCCUCUUACUGGUGAAGAUGGUGGACAAUAAUAAUGCAGUGGUGAAAAUCUGGUACCCUGUAGCAAAGGGUGUUGCCUACUUUAACAGCUGUGUGAACCCGCUGUUGUACUUCUGCAUGGGGCUAGAAGUAAGGGGGCGAUUCAGGCAGAGUCUGAUGGGUGUUUAUAAAAGAGCUCUGGCAGAUGAUGUUGACGGACAGACAACUCACUCCAACGAUCGCUCUUUGGACGAAACCUCGGUGUCAAAGCACAGCACUCUCAUAGUGGCAGGAUCGGGUCAGACAGCAGUGAAUGUUUAAGUUUAAGUCCCGCCCCAAUUGAUCCUGAAGCUUACAGGACAUAUUUCAACCUAUCACAGUAUCAUCAUUAUAUGAUUUGUACAAUGAUAAUGAAAUAAAUAGAAAGUCUUCACCUAUGAUUGGAUUGAUGUACAGUGGCUCCAUAAAAAAGGGGCUGUGAAGUGUUAGCAUCCACCUUAACCUGGAUUAGCUGGGUUGAUGUUUCAUGAGAGAGCAUAAGGACGUCUCAAACCGACACCUCUCCGUGAUAUCAAAGUACCACAAGAUUAUGGUUUUACUAUCCACAACAACGUAGAGACUAACAAAUAAAUAUAAAUAGGUAAGUUUAUGUGGAUAAAAUAAUUCAGCAAAACAGAAAAAUUGAUGUUUAGAUUAGACAAGAGGGUAGCGUGCUAAUAAUCAGCUAAUGCUAACAAGCUUGAAUAGCUAGGAUCAUACACUGACACAGAUGCCUGUCAGACAACUUGGACAGUUUCUUUUUUUCAUAUUUGUUUUUUAAAUAACAACAAAGAGAAGAAGGUCUACUGUUGUCCACUGAUAUGUAUAUUUCUUGUUAAUAACUGUAACAUUUAUGUAACUAAAGCCAUUACUAGCAAUCAACCACCAAUCAAAGGGUUAUUUAUCUAUUUCUCUAAAUUUCUAUCAGUAAAGUGUGAAAGUAAGGCGUGAAGUAUAAAGAUCUAAAUUAUGACAAGUACUAGAAUAAUCUAAAUGCCACUCCUCUUUUGUUCUUUAGUUACACUCAAGGUUUUUCCACUAACAUAUACGCAUAAUAGCUGAUCUGUACCUAUAUGGUUUUGAGGAGGACUUCUAUGACUCCAGAUUAGUGUACUUAAAAAAUAAUAAAGAUGGUGACUUUG